AUUUUUAAAUUAUCUGAUCAGAUACCAAAUGCAUUAAACUCGUUAUUGAUUUUUAUAAACACAUAAUACGCGGUAUUAUUACAUGUUUGGAGGGGAAAAAAGUCGAUAUCGAUGUCGAAGUUUUUGUGAGAGGCGAUGUGCCAUUCUCUGGUCGAAAGAGAUCGAGAGUAUAUGUCUUGUACCUAGUUACGUGUUGACUCUUUUUAAUAAUUUAAUUGGUGGAAACUCAUAAAAAUGACUUUACUACCACCGACACCGGAACAACAAAAAAGAAUAAAUCAAGAAAUACCGCCUGAUCCUGAAAUUAGGCGCAAAGAUGUCCAAGCACUGCGUGAGUGGUUGAUGAAGCAGCCUCAUUUACCAAAACAUAUGGACAAUGAUAGGCUGGAAAAAUUUUUGUUCGGUUGUAAAAACAGUAUCGAGCGUUGCAAGAUGAUUUUAGAGAGAUAUUUCACAGCGAGAACCGCGCUUCCGGAAUUUUUCUUGCAAAGAGACCCGAUGUCACGUGAUGUGCAAGAAUGCUGCAAAGUCAUCGAAUACUUUGUGUUACCAUCGCUAACAGAUGAAGGCCAUCGUGUGACAGUAUUGCGCUUGAAAGACAAGGAUAUCAAUAAGUUUUCCGUCCAAGCGAUUACAAGGCGUAUACUUAUGGUAAUGGAUACAAGAUUAACAGAGGAAGCUUGUCUUUCAAAUCAGAUGGUUUUUGAUCUUGAGGGAUUUACGGCAGCACAUAUCGCUAAAUGUAGUCCUACACAAGCGCUAGUAAGAAAAGCAAUGCUCGCUGCCCAAGACAGUAUGCCAUUGCGUUUGCACAGAGUUUACUUCUUAAACGCUCCGACGUUCAUUCAUAAUCUUCUCAAUAUUUUCUACCCUCUACUCAAGCCGAAAUUAGUUGAAAAGUUCCGUAUACAUACGGGAGGCGGUGAAGAACUUUGGCCUUAUAUGAACAAAGAAAUUUUGCCCAAAGAAUGGGGAGGUAACGCGGGAACAUUUCAACAAUUGAACGACGCGUGGAAAAAAAAGAUCGAAAAAUACCGAGAUUGGUUCAAAGAAGAAGAAUCAUUGAGCAAAACUGAUGAAAAAGUGAGGAUGCCAACUUCUUCUUCGUCUUUCACACGUGAGCUUAGUGGAAUUCAAGGUUCAUUUCGGCAGCUUAAUAUUGAUUGAAUUUAAUCACCUAUUUUUUUAUUUUUACAUUAUAUUUUAUUAUACUUUUAUAAAUAAUUGAAAUAAAUUUCUUACUUCCUUU